GUGUGUCCAGAAUCAGUCAUCUGGCCUCUGUCUGAGUGUGUGUAUGUAUGUGUGUGUGACUGUGUGUCUGUCUGUCUGUCAUCUAUAUCCAGGAAGACCCGUCCCUAGUGAAGCACCACUUCCGCUGCUGUCACCGGCGCACAGGAACAUGUGGUGCAUCGCGCUGUUUCUCCUUUGUAGUUUCUCAGCUCUGGUCCAGGUGUCAGUACAAGGUCCCCAUCAACGGCACCUGCUGAAACAUCUGCUGAAGGACUACAACCGCAUGGAGAGGCCAGUGGCCAACGACUCUCUCCCACUCACUGUCAAUCUAACCAUGAUCCUUGUGCAGAUCAUGGAUGUGGAUGAAAAGAAUCAGGUUCUCACUACCAACGUCUGGCUUCAGAUGCACUGGUAUGACCACUAUCUGCAGUGGAACCAGUCUGAAUACCCUGGAGUAAAAAACCUAAGAUUCACCACAGACCAGGUUUGGACGCCUGACAUCCUCCUUUACAACAGCGCUGAUGACAAGUUUGAUUCCACAUUCAAGACUAACGUACUGGUCAACUCCAGUGGUUUCUGUCAGUACCUGCCUCCAGGCAUCUUCAUGAGCACGUGCAACGUAGAUGUGCGCUGGUUCCCUUUUGACAUUCAGAAGUGUGAGAUGAAGUUUGGCUCCUGGACCUAUGAUGGGUGGCUGCUGGAUCUGCAGAUGAAAGAAGCUGACAUCUCAGGGUACAUGCCCAAUGGCGAGUGGGAUCUGGUUGGUGUUCCGGGCUCCAGGAAUGAGAUUUUUUAUGACUGCUGCAAAGAGCCGUACCCAGAUGUGACUUUUGUCGUAACCAUCCGCCGGCGCACGCUCUACUAUGCUCUCAACCUGCUGAUCCCCUGCGUAUUGCUCUCCUCCAUGACGCUGCUCAUUUUCCUGCUGCCUGCCGACUCAGGGGAAAAAAUCUCCUUGGGCAUCACCGUGCUGCUCUCUCUCACUGUCUUUAUGCUGCUGGUGGCAGAGAUCAUGCCAGCCACAUCAGACUCGAUACCUUUGAUAGGGCAGUACUUUGCCAGUAUUAUGAUCAUUGUGGGCAUGUCAGUUAUUGCCACAGUGGUGGUUCUCCAGUAUCACCAUCACGAGCCAAACGGAGGAAACAUGCCCAAAUGGGUUCAGUUGGUCUUGCUGCAGUGGGUCGCUUGGUUUCUUAGGAUGAAGCGUCCAGGAGAAAGCGAGGACCCCGAGCGCCCUCCGUGCACCCCCCACCUCCGCCGGUGCUCUUCGGGCUCCCAGAGUGGCAGCCUCCCCAAUCACCAAGAUCCAUCUUUGCAUCCAAUGCACCCACAGAACCUGCCUCAUGCUGGCCAUCCCCACCUGCACGCUCAGGCUAGUGCCAACAAUGGCAAUCUGCUCUACAUUGGCUUCCAGAACCUGGAUGACCCAACUCUUUGCCCAGACCCAGCCCAGAGGAACAGCGGCUUGGCUCAGAGGGGGCUUCCAGGAGGAAUAGCUGGUAGCCCCCCGCCACACGUUCCCCUGCGACCCCAAAAUGUAGACAGCAUAGGCUGUGCCAGCACUUUGUCCAGUGGCAUAGGCCUCCCUAUGGGGGCGUUGUCAAGUGUGGCCACCGGAGUGGGGGCUCCACAAGCUGUUGGGGUGGACUCCUUACUUCAAGCCAUUCUGGAGGAGCUGCGCUUUGUGGCCGACCACUUCCGUGAGCAGGAUGAAAAUGACAGUGUGAUUGAGCAGUGGAAGUUCGCCGCCGCUGUCAUUGACCGCCUUUGCCUGGUGGCUUUCAGUGUUUUCAACAUCAUCUGCACCAUCUCCAUCCUCAUGUCUGCACCAAACUUUGUCGAGGCUGUGUCCAAGGACUUCAUCUGAAGUGACCACGUCUUCAAGAGCAGGUGCUUCGCAGGAAGCUCCUUGUGCUUUGUGGCUGAUCGCAAGUGUGUCUGCAAUAUUCAGAGACAGAUGAUUGGAGUGUGUGUCCUGAAAUAUGUCAAGAAAAAAACCAUGCAAGGGGUAGGAGUAGCUGAAAAACUAUUUUGCCAAAAGAGCAUGAAAGGGCAGGAUGUCAAAAGAAAGACAAUGUACGUUUGAUACAGGCUGUCCAUGUGUUAAGGAUGCUCACGGUGAUUUGGUUCUAUCCCAAAAAUCUGGACUAAGGGCAGACUUCCCUUUGUCUUUGGAUCCUUCACUCA